UCUCCUCUCCACCGCGCGCGCGAUCGGAUCGCCUGUACAGUCGACAGGUACGCUCCCGUCCGGCCGAGCACCUCCCCUCGCCUUCGCGCUCGCUCGGUCCGUCUCGCCGAGCGCUUCGUGUCGUUUCGUCGGACGGCCGCCCCCGCCUUCAUCGCGCUCGCUCCGCUCGUCCGUCCGGUAAAUAGAGCGGGCCAGGCUACUUCGCUCCGUACCGUAGCUACGGUGCCGUAACUGCGAUUUAAUCGCCGAUCGAAGAGGCUGUGCGGGUGCCUCUGCGUCGCGAGUGCAUCGCGCGUUCGAGCGUCCCGACGAGAGCCCCGUCGUCGCUGCCGUCGGGAAACCAGCAACGGGUCAACGACGAUGAGGAACUGGGUUACGACGCCGCGCGACCCACGAUGUCCUGCGUCGAAGAUACCGCACACGAUUCCCAGGAUUGCUCGUUAGACCGCGCUCGGCACACAGCCGUGAAGUACGUCUUGAAGCCGCAUCCCGCGAUCGCGUUGGUGCUGCUCGGCAAUCUGGGGUAACCGUGUGUGCGUCGGAAUCCUGUCGUGCACAUCGUCCCGACCGAGGCUCGCCUCCAAGAACUCUUCGCCAGUGCAUCAGAUGUGUGAGAAAGUGCAGCCGUAGCGGUACAGCGCACCGUAGAGGUUAGGCUAGGCCGACACCCACCGAGCGAGUCGAUCAGCUGUUCCGCGGCGCCGACAUCAUCGUCGUUUCGAUAGUCCCGAUGCUACUCCACCAAGAGGACAUUCUGGACAUCCUGGCCGCGUGUACUCCUUGGCGCGAACGUGACUGAAGGCAAGAGAGACGAUGUUGUCGUACAUGCUGCCGACGGAGGACAAGCCACCGCCCGGAGAGCCCAGCCAGAACAAUUAUCGCGCCGCCAAGCUGCAGAAGAGCAACGCCGUGGCCAGCACCUCGCCCAGGAAGUGCUUGGACGCGACUAGAGCGAUGAUUGUCUCCACCAGGAUCGAGGACCAUGCGAGCGGCGACCCGCGGCACGCACUGCCGCCGCAUGCGGCGGGCCCGCAGCGGGACUCUCGGUCGGUGGAGAGCCCGAAGCACAACGGCACCGCCGCGAGGAAGUCGACCCUGCACAACGCCAGGGUCACCAAGGACGACAGCCUCUACAGCAUCGACAGUGAUGCCAGCACCGCCGGCAGCGAGCGCAAGAAUAAGAUCCUGAACGGCGCGAAGCACGCCAGCUUGAAGAGGGUAUCCUUCGGCUCGAGCAAAGGGUCGAUGGUAGAAACCCUCGUGUAUGAGACGCCGGUGCAAGAGGAACCCGAGAUCAACCAUUUUCUGGACCACAACGGCCGUCUACCUCCUCCUAUGAUACCCGUGCCUGAUACUGACGAAGGUAGAGAAAAAGUACGCGUCUCGUUGUUAGGUCCACAGCCGUCGCCGGCGACGCCCGGAGUCCUCUUGCUGGAACCCAUCUCGCACUCGGCAGGACAUCCGCUAGACAUGGCCAGCAAUCCUGCGGAACUUCUUACCACGCACACCGAGCACACUACGCCCUCCUAUCAUGCACAGAUAAGCACGGACAGCGGCUGGGACAACCCGUUCAGGCCGGACGGCGACCUCUCCAGGGAAGCUGACGAGAUCGUGGAGUUGAUAAAGGGCGGGAAGCCGAUCACGCCGACCCCGGGUCAGAACGCGCCGCCGUUGCCGGGAUGCGAGGCCGGCAGCAAAACUUCGGCCAGCGGCGAGCACGAUCCCUCGAGUACCAGCCCGCUCCUCAAGUCCGCGAAUUGCCACGCCAACUCGUCGCCGAGGCCCGGCCAGGAGAACGGCAACGCUCACGGCACCCCUGCGAAGAUCGGUAAUGCCAGCAAUCAGCCCGUCAAUGAAAAGGUCGGCGCGGCGAGAACCGCGACCGUGGAAGUCGCGAGGAUGACGGCGCAGGGCCCGGGUGACGCGUCGCAGGUCGAGCACGUCACCCUGAAGAAGAAGCCUAAGUGCAAGUGCUGCGUGCUCCAGUAAUGACCGCGCGGCGGAGGCGGCGGGGACGCGCGCGCGAGACGAGACCCUUCUCUGCCCUGUCGGGAGCAUGACUUGAGGAACGACGCGGUGCGACUUCUUCGGAAAAAACCUCGAGGACCCAAAGAGUCGUCGUUGGACAACUCGAAGCAUUGAGGGGGAUCGAGACGUCGACAAAGUAGAAGGGCUCUCGGACGACAAAAUCGUCUCGAAGAGGAUGAAUGUGUCCGGGCAUGAGGAAAGCGACGGCGGCACUAGAUCGCUUGGGACCUGAAGAAUGAAUCCGGAAGAUAAUUUCUCGGAGAGGGAAAACGUUCCCUCGUUUCAAGAUCAAUGAGGGACCUGGAAAGUGAUGUCAGAAAUGAAGAGAAUAUGCUUUCAGUUACGAGAGAGAGGAUACUACUCUCGGGUCUCCGAGAGCCCAAAGUAUGAGUUUCUUCGUGAGACUUCGAAAAAGACAGUUCGUGUCUCGUAAUCGUGAAAUAGUCUCAGCAUAGAUCAACUUGAAGAGAUAUUUCAGAAGGAACGAGAAGGCUGUCUCGGAGCGCAAGGUAUCGUCAAUACGCUGACAAGAAAAGUGCAAAGCGAUGAUACAGGCGAAAAAUGAUCUCUGGCAGAUCGCUGACCCUCUUGCCGAGGAAGAUUGCACUCUCAGCAGGAUGCCCUCCGGCUUCCAGGCGAGGGACAGGAUUUCGAGGUCCACGUGAUGAAACACGUGGGGUACGUCAGUGCGCGAACGGACAUUGAACCGCGUCUCGAGAUUGUGACGCGUUUGUAGAACGCGGUGGAAAGAAAGAGAGACCAGAACAGAAAAAAGGCGAAGGAAGAGAGAGAGAGAAACAAAGAAAAAUAUAUAUAUAUAUUAUAUAUAUAUAUUAUACAUACAAAACUACAUUGUAGAUACAGAAUGGUAGCUGUAUAGCUUAUAUGCUUUUACUAUCGUGGUUAAUUAUCGUCAGGAUUAUCGUGAUUUCGAGGAUGCAUUGUGCGCACGAGCGCGUAGAGCGCGAGAGAGAGCGAGAAAAAGAGUGAGAGUGAGAGAAUGCGUGAGUAAAUGUGCGAAUGUACGAGCGAGAGAAAGAGAGAGGGAGAGAGAAAGGGAGAAAUGAUGAAUGAAACGACUGUGGGGAGGGAAGUGUGCGACAAGGCAUAUGUAAAGUUUCGCGGGGGACGUUAUUCUUCGUCCGUUAGAUCUCGGUACGAGCAGAAGACACAUCCACACACACACAAACACACCAUCGUUCCUAGAGGGCAAAUACGAGGACGGUGACCUCGAUCGUUCUUUCUUUGAUGUACUGCGAGAGAUAUUCAACGCGUUAAACGACGUUAUAUACGCAGAAUGUGCCGGAUCUAUCGUGUUCCCUCGCAGAUACGUAUUCUUUCGUCAAUUUUCUUAUUUCGAUCCUUACGAAUUCGAACAGGCCCUUUUCGUUUUUACUGCGCGCCCGUGAGAGACGACAGCUUGAAUUAUCCGCGGUUGAAGGAGUGCGUACGUGGGAUUUCGUGGGUAAAAUUGUUCUUCUCUCCCUUUCUCCCUCUCUGUCGUUUCAUGCGCGAGAGCAACUUAGUUUGAGAAGCUGAUUUUCAACGUGAUAUAUUUUAGAGUUUUUACGAAGUAUCUCCUCUGAACGAUUUGUGAAGCGAGUAGAAGAGUGAGACAACGCACGUAGAAAAAUGAAAGUUCUGUGUCGAAUAGGCAGAUGAACUUGCGGACGAAGGCUGAUGAGGCAGCUCGUUGAUAGCGUUCCUAAUUUUACCCACGGAACCCGCUGAAAGGAGGGUUGCUUCCGCGCGGGUACAAAUAGCGCUUUCUACGUGUCAGUAAGCGACGCUGUUCCAAUAAAUUCGAUCCCGAGAACCCCGAAGCCACGUCUCUUUCAGGGCGUCGUUGAGCCAACCGUUUGUCGCCCCUCGAAUCGGUAAGUUAGCCCUUAAUUUUAUCCGCCGAUAUACGAAAUUAACACCGAUCGAAGAGCGUAACAUUUUUUUCUCUUAACAAUCACUUUUCGUGAGACACUCGAUUUUCGAUUUUAUUACGAUUUUAAUGACGAAUUCGAGAAAUUACAUUACGUAGAGAAGUCUGUACCAUGCAAGGUUGCGGGACAAAAGCAGAGCAGGGCCAAUUAGAACGGGUUAAAUGAAAAAUCAAUUGAACAUAAAUUCAACAUCCAGUGUUCUCUCUCGUCGAUGCUCGUUGCCGACGAUAUUUCUCGCAUGUGUUUCCGCGUCUAUAACUGCGUUCACGCUCCAGUUGGCCCUUCUCUUCUUACUAUCAUCAAGAGAGUUAACUCUUCUAUUACAUCGACGGUCAAUCACGGUGAAUAGAGUUGCGCCUUUGAACAUGAGAUUGCCGGAGAUUCUGCCGGCAUGUUCGAUCGAGUACCCGAGUGCAUUUUGUUAAUUAUCGUCAUGGGCGCCGCCAGAAUUGUUCACGGGAGCUCGCAUAAGCGAAAUCAUGUUUUUAACUAAUCUCAUUUCACGUGUACCGCAAUCACAUUUUAUGUGCAAUUUUAACCCAGAACCACUAAAUCAAGCUGUAAUUUAAAGUUUUUACGAAUUUUUUUAUAUUUUUAGAAGUUUUAAAAAUAUAAGGCUAGUUCUCUUUAUUUUAAAACUACUCAAAAUGAUGAACUUCGACGGAAUUUCUUCAAAAUCCCGAAUUUAUUUUAUUUUAACGAAAAACCACCGUGUUUGUGAUUUUAAUUAGACCUCUUAUACUUUUCUUGCAGUGCCCGUAAUUUUUGUAUAUUCGUAUCUACGUUAAUGAGAAUUUCGCGAUCGAUCAGGGCGAGCUCGGUUAUAUCGUGGCGAAUAAUGAGAUGUAGGCUGCAAAUAUCUCCGUUGAAAAUUGAACUUGUGACUUCAAGCGACUCUAAAUUCGUCACGGCAAAUCCGUCGUUAAAAUCCAAUCCGGCCGAGACGUGUCUGACACCGCAACCAUCUCGGCUCUCAUCCUGAUCGAUCCGCGAAGUGGAAGUAAGCGGCGAGAUGCCGAGAAGAUAGAGAUAGGAAGAAAGAGAGAAACUGGAAACUUGUGUUCGGAUGAUGCCGCAGAUACUAUUUUCCUAAUUGAACGGCGAAGAGAUCUCGGCAUCUCCCCGCUUCCAUGGUCGACGAUUGCUGACUGACGAGGGCAAUCCUAAUCGCGAACUAGUCGGAUAUCACCGGGAGGAGUUAACUCUUCGUGGCGGCGAUCGAAACGCCUCUUUGGAUCAUAAAUUGUCAGCGAAUCAUAUGGAAAUCUACCGGUUGCAUGCGAAAUUCGCCGCGUAAAUUCGUCGAUCUCUCUUUAUUUUCGAACCGCUUGAAAAAGCACUUUGUGUUCUUUAAGAAAAAAGAAAAAAGAUGUCGAUAAUAUUCGUUCUCAGCCUCGUAUAGAAGAUAGUGAGAAGCGUACGCGCGAGAGAUACGGUAUGUCUCUUUACUUCUCCUACUUUUUUUUUUCAUCGUUUCUAUUCUCCGACAACGUGCUCUCUUCAGCUUGUGUUGGUAGUCCUUCGGAGAGGUCCGAAGGAUCCAGAUAUCCGUACAUUUCGCGUGCCGCGAAGAGCCGAUUGAGCGCGCGAUUUGCGCAGCGCAGCGCAACGCAAUGCGAGAAACGAGAAAAAGGAUCUGUAAACGCGCGCAUACCUACACACGAGAACCUCUUACCGUCUGUUCCCACGCAAAAUGUUGACUCUGCUGAGCUUACAGAUAUUAAACGAAUAUUAAAUGUCUUGUUAAAAAAAAGAGA